AUGCAGAGACCCUGGAGGCCCGGCUGCGGCUGGCGGCCUUCCUGGUGCCGCAAAGCCCUCAGGAGGCGCAGGAGAGCUCUACGCCUCGGCGGCGGCGCGGAGCUCUGGGGCGGUGCGCGAGGUGGCGUGGCUGGGGCAGGCGGUGGCCCUGGAGGCAAUGGGCCGCUUCGCGUCCGCGGAGCUGGUCUUGCGCCGCCUGCUGCGGGGCCAAGUGCCGAGACCACUGCGCCAGGCGGCUUCGCAGAGCAGUUGGCCGAGAUGUUGCUUCUGCAGCACGGGGAGACCAUGCUGCGAAACCAAAGGUGUGGGUUGCCUGCAGAAGAGAUGUCCUUGCUGAUGGAGGCCCAGCGCCUCUUUCGCUGGACCGUGGAGGAGGGCUCCAGCAAUAAGUGCAGAGAAGGCCUAGCUCAGGUGCUGCUGCAACUUGCCUUGGCCGGCGACUGCAGCCUGCUGUGGGAAGCCGAACAACUUCUGCGGGACUCCAUUGAGAAAGGUGCGGAUUCUUUGGCACGGCAGGCGAGCUUGGCCUUUUGCCUGCAGCUGCAAGGACGUGACAACGAGGCCGUCACCCUCUUCCAUGAGGUGCUUCCUGCAUUCUGCCGCUGGGCAGAAGAGGCGACCAAGGCGCAGGCUCCGUCUCCACCUCUACGCCUUGGUGCGACAGUGCUAGGCGCCAUCAGCGCCGCCUACAACUGCGCCGCCCUGGAUGGCGAUGUGACGAAGUUGCGCUGGGCUCUGGCGCUGGCGGAGACUGGAUCUCCGAGCAACUGCAUGAUUGCGGAGCGGCUGGCAGAGUUAGAAGGCACAAAGGCGGAGGAUGAGACCUCGGAAGCUCCCAACUCGCAGGCGGAGCCCUUCUUGGCACUUUGGCCGCGCCGAUCGCCGCGGAAAGCGCCCGGCGCGCCGCGGAAAGCGCCGCGGGGCCUGUGCUGCUGCUUGUCCGCCAGGCAUGGGAGCUGUGUGGCUGUCGGUCAUUGA